GUGGAAGUGUCCUGGGGUCAUGGCCCGCACGAAGCAGACGGCGCGUAAGUCGACGGGCGGGAAGGCGCCCCGCAAGCAGUUGGCCACCAAGGCGGCCCGCAAGAGCGCGCCGGCCACGGGCGGCGUGAAGAAGCCGCACCGCUACCGGCCCGGCACGGUGGCGCUGCGCGAGAUCCGGCGCUACCAGAAGUCCACGGAGCUGCUGAUCCGCAAGCUGCCCUUCCAGCGCCUGGUGCGCGAGAUCGCGCAGGACUUCAAGACCGACCUGCGCUUCCAGAGCUCGGCCGUGAUGGCGCUGCAGGAGGCGAGCGAGGCCUACCUGGUGGGGCUCUUCGAGGACACCAACCUCUGUGCCAUCCACGCCAAGCGCGUCACCAUCAUGCCCAAGGACAUCCAGCUGGCCCGUCGCAUCCGCGGCGAGCGUGCAUAAAGUGGCUUAGAACACUAACCAAUCCUGAGAGAAGCUUUUUAUCAACACAAAGGCUCUUUUAAGAGCCACUCCAUACACAAAGAAAGAGCUGUAAUGCUGUGAUAUUGUAUAAAACUUUAAUGUAGAGGUAAAUAUUGUAUCAAACGGGUUGAUUAAUUGUGGUGAAGCACCUCAUUUUGUCCUACUUGAUACUUGAACAUUAAAUAUGCUGAGCACGA